AUGGCCGCCAAGCUCCCCGAUCCCACCGUCGACCUCCACUGGGGCGGCUACGUCGGCGCCGUCCACGAGACGUUCCACGAAAACGCCGUGGCCCACGCCGACAGGCCUUGCGUGACCGAGACCAAGAGUCAAUCGUCGCCCACGAGAACCUUCACCUACCGACAGGUCGACGAGGCCUCCAACACCAUCGCCAACCACCUGCACGAGGCCGGCAUCACCAACGGGGAUGUCGUCAUGAUCUUUGCCUACCGCUCCGUCGAGCUCGUCUGCGCCUUCAUGGGGACCCUGGCAGCAGCGUCCGUGCCGUCCACCGUCGUGCCGUCCACCGUCGCCGACGACGUCCCCGCGAGCCGUCGAGCCGAGCUGACGACGCCAGUGUACCUCGAGGUGUCCCAACCCAAGGCCAUCAUCUCCAUCGGCAAGGCCGUAGACGAGAAUGGUCCCCUCGCUCCGAUGGUGCAAAAGUACAUGGACGAGAAGCUGUCCAUCAAGACGCAGAUUCCCAACCUCCGCCUCGACGACGCGGGCCGCCUGACCGGUGGCGAGCGCGACGGCCGAGACAUCUUUGCCCGCGUCGAGGGCAAGAAGUCGUCGCCCCCGGACGUCCUCGUCGGCCCAGACUCCAUCGCCACCCUCGGCUUCACCUCCGGCUCCGAGGGCAAGCCCAAGGCCGUCCUGGGGCGCCAUUUCGGCCUGACGAGGUUCUUCCCCUGGAUGGCGAGCCGCUUCGACCUCUCGUCCGGGAGCGUCUUCGCCUGUCUCUCGGGCAUCGCUCACGACCCCAUCCAGCGAGACAUCAUGACGCCGCUGUGGCUCGGGGCCCGGCUGCUCAUCCCGGCCAUCGAAGACAUCCAGCACGAGCGGCUCAGCGAGUGGAUGAAUCGGUGGUCGCCCACCGUCACCCAUCUGACCCCGGCCAUGGGGCAGAUCCUCGUCGGCGGCGCCACCACCAAGUUCCCCUCCCUGCGGCACGUCUUCUUCGUCGGCGACAUUCUCACCACGCGCGACUGCAGGUCCCUCCGCCAGCUCGGCGCUUCCUGCAACAUCGUCAACAUGGCCGUCUCCUACUUCGAAAUUCCCUCCGCCGCCGAGGACCCGACCGCUCUGGACGAGCUGGGGGACACCAUUCCCGCCGGCUGGGGGAUGGAGGACGUCCAGCUCAUCAUCGUUUCCCAAAAGGACAACACCAAGAUGUGCGGCGUCGGCGAGGUCGGCGAGGUCUACGUGAGGUCGUCCGGCAUGGCCGAAGGCUACCUCGGCGACGCCGAAAAGACAAAGGCCAAGUUCGUCGAGAACUGGUUCGUCGACAACGCCAAGUGGGUGGAGGCCGACAAGGCCGGCCAGCGCGGCGAGCCGUGGCGCCGUCAUUAUCGGGGACCCCGGGAUAGGCUGUACCGCACCGGAGAUCUCGGCCAAUAUCUCCCAUCGGGCGCCGUGCGCGUGUCCGGCCGCAUCGACUCCCAGGUCAAGAUCCGUGGCUUUCGCAUCGAGCUCAACGAGAUCGACGCCAACCUGAGCGGCAGCCCCCUGGUCCGCGACUGCAAGACUCUCGUCCGGAGGGAUCGCAACGAGGAGCCGACGCUCGUCAGCUACGUCGUCCCCGAGGUCGCCGAGUGGACCCGCUGGUUGGCGGGCGAGGAUCACGACGACGUCGAGGACAAGGGCGUCGAGAUGGGAUCCAGCGUCGUCUACCUCAAGAGGUUCCGCCGCAUGCAGGCCGAGGUGCGCGACCAUCUCCGGACCCGUCUGCCGGCGCACUCGGUGCCCUCCAUCUACAUCAUGCUGCAGAAGCUCCCGCUCAACCCGAACGGCAAGGUCGACGCCCCGAACCUGCCCUUCCCCGAUGCCGCCCAGAUGGUCGAGGACGCGUCGGACGAGGAUCUCAAGAACUGGGAGGCCUUGACGGAGACGGAGAAGACGAUUGCGUCGCAGUGGUCCACGCUCAUCCCGGGCCUCAACGCCAAGACGGUCAAGCCCGAAUCCAACUUCUUCGACUGCGGCGGGCACAGCCUUCUCGCCCAGCAGCUCCUCCUCGUCGUCCGCAAGCACUUCGGCACCGACAUCACCAUCCCCGUCCUCUACGAGAAUCCCACCCUCCGUGGCCUGAGCACCCAGGUGGACGGCCUGCGCAGCGGUCGGGCCGUCACGGUCGACAGGAGCAGCCAGGCCGCCUACUCCAAGUCGCUUGACCACCUCGUCGGCACCUUGGACGCCGCGUACCAGGGCGCCGAUCCCGACGCCCUGGGCCCCUCGAGCGGUGCCACCUUCUUCUUGACCGGUGCCACGGGCUUCCUGGGCGCCUACCUCGUCAAGGACAUCCUGGACAGGGACAACACCAAGCUCAUCGCGCACAUCCGCGGGGCCAAGGACCUCGCCUUCGCCAAGGAGCGUCUCGCGAGGUCCCUCAAGGGCUACGGCCUGUGGCGGGACGCGUGGGCCGACCGCAUCGCCUGCGUCCUCGGCGACCUGUCCAAGCCCCGGCUUGGUCUCGACGACGCCAGCUGGAAGCGCGUCGCCGACACGGCCGACGUCGUCGUCCACAACGCCGCCCACGUCCACUGGAUCGCUCGCUACGAGCAGAUGAUGCGCAGCAACGUCCUCUCCACCAUCGACGCCAUGAAGCUCUGCAACGAGGGGAGGGCCAAGCUCUUCGCCUUUGUCUCGUCGACGUCGACGCUCGACACGGACCACUACGUCCAGCUCUCGCAGGAGCAGACGGCCACGGGCCGCGGGGCCGUGCUCGAGGCCGACGACAUGCAGGGCAGCCGCGUCGGCCUCGCCACGGGUUACGGUCAGACCAAAUGGGUGUCCGAGCAGCUCAUCCGCGAGGCGGGCAGGCGCGGUCUCCGGGGCGCCGUCGUUCGUCCGGGAUACAUCCUCGGCAGCCGGCACAGCGGAGUCUCCAACACGGACGAUUUCCUCGUCCGCUUCUGGAAGGGCUGCGUCCAGCUGGGCGCGAGGCCGCUCAUUGUCAACUCGGUCAACGCCGUCCCCGUCGACCACGUCGCGAGGGUCGUCACCGCCGCGGCCCUGAACCCGCUGCCGGGCGUCCACGUCGUGCACGUGACGGCGCACCCGAGGCUGCGCAUGAACGAGUUCCUGUCCGCCUUGGGCUACUACGGCUACAACGUGCCCGAGGUCGACUACGACGAGUGGAAGAUGCAGCUCGAGCGCUUCGUCUCGGCCGGUUCGGUCGAGAAGGAUCAGGAGCAGAGCGCGCUGAUGCCGCUGUUCCACAUGGCCAUGUCGAACCUGCCGCUGUCGACGCGCGCCCCGGAGCUGGACGACAGGAACGCCGUGACGGUGCUCAGGGCCGACGCCGACCGCUGGACGGGCGUCGACGACAGCGCCGGCGAGGGCAUCACCCGCGAGGACAUUGGACGAUACCUGCGCUUCCUCGCCGAGACCAAGUUCAUCCCGUGGCCGACGGGCCGAGGGCGCGAGCUGCCGCCCAUCGCGGCCGACAUCGUCAAGGCUCAGGCGGAGUGGGGAGUGGGCGGCCGAGGUGGUGCGGCGUAG